AAACGCUAGACGGCUCGACAACGGAGAAAGAAACCAGACUGACUCACCAUGGACGAAUGACGAAACAGGCGAGCUGCUACCCGUUGUCUGGUGUAUGUCAAUGGGUGUGCGUUUCUAUCGGUUAUGGCAGUUGGCGACUUGCUACUCGUUGUAUGUGCUGUUUAUUCUGAUGAUGGUUUAUCUGGUGAAUCAAAUGGAUCGCUUUGUGUUGGGAGUCACCGCUCAGGAGUCUGCAAAGAGUUUGCGUUAUGGAGAACAAUCGUGCAUAAAGAAAGAUUUAGGCGCAAGCACCAUCCAAUGUAGAAAAAUCAAAGUAAAAGAGAAUUGCACAAGCAUCGAGUACAACUCGAGUUGUAUCUGGGACUAUAAUGGACAAGGUAUUGAAUACCAAGUGCUUGCAGGACCUGUGUUCGUUGUCGUCUUUUCCUUCGCUGUUGUUGUGAUGGGAAUCGUGGCCGAAGUCGGACGUGUUAACAGACCCAAAGUGCUUGCACUCUUUGUCUUCCUCUGGUCAUUGGCGACAUUUUUAAUGGGAUUUACGAACGCUUAUUGGGAGCUUGCCGUACUGAGAAUGUCUCUGGGAAUAUUUGAGUCUGUUUGCACUCCAUUCUCUGUUAGCAUCAUAUCGAAUUAUUUUGAAAAGAGAAUUCGUGCUUCUGCCAUGGCCAUACUCAAUUGGGGAAUAUACGGUGGCUUUAGUUUGGCUUUUGCAUUCAAGUAUCUUGUUCUUGUUGAUGGAUGGAGGUGGGCAUUUCGCGUUGCUGGUAUGCCCGGCAUCAUCUUGGCCGUUAUUCUCUUCUUUACAGUGAAAGAAAGAGACAGGAACUACAGACAAGUACGCGUGUCAUCUCAAAUAUCAGAACUUUGUCGUGUCUUGAGGCUGUUUCUUUCUCCUUCGCUUGUCUUCUUGUCCAUUGCUGGUGGAAUUCGCAAUGGUGCUGGUCUUGUGUUUGCCUACAAUGUGGAUAGUUUCUUCACUCAAUAUCGAGACACCAAUUCUGCUCACUACAUGUCUUGGGUACCUCUAGUAGGCGGAACAAUAGGCUCAUUACUAGGCGGCAUCCUAUCAGACAGAGCAGCCAACUUGUAUGGUCAUACAGGAAGGAUGAUGGUACUGGUUGUCAGUCAGUUUGUGGCUGCACCUCUAGCAUUUGGUGUCUUGUCAAUCUCAAAUCCAACUGGUGCAUUCGUGUGUCUUCUGGUGUCUUAUGUUGUUGGUGAGAUGUGGAUUGGUGUGUGUCUCACUGUUGUGGUGGAGCUACAAAGAAGAAAAUCGACUAGCGCCGUUGCUAUCUAUAUGUUUGUCAUAAAUAUGUUGGGAGGAAACAUGGUGGUGUUGGUUGCACCUCUUAGCUCACUUCCUGGAUGGGAUCUACACGACUCACUGCUCGUGCUUUAUCCAGGAAUGUAUCUACUCAGUUCGUUUCUAUUCUGUGUAACACUUUGUGUAAUACGGCGACUGAGACGAGAAAGAACGGAUAGUUCAUUAAGUGAAUAUAGCAUUACAGGAUCACAAGAGGCCGAGUUGGUGUCAUCACCUGUGUGUUGUCACACACAACUGUCUCCUGAACUGAAUAAUCCAGAAGAAUGUGAGUCACUUAUUCCAAGUCCUGAGAUAAACUGAUGUAGCCAAUGUG